CCAAAUGCUUAAUUCGCCUUCUACAAUGUCAAACCGCACGUCUUCCGCUCUAGGAUGUCUCCUUGGACUGCUCCUGGCGAGCAGCUCGGCUCUGGGGCUGGAGAAAUGUAUCUACUGUCGCGGCAUCAACUGCCAGAGAAGCAGCUACCAGGCGGAGGAGCAGUGCUCCGACCGACUGGACGCCUGUGCCAGUGUCUUCCAAGGCGGCAUAGUCCAGGCCCAGGGCUGCCUGGAGGGUCUCGAGGCUGGCUGGAGGGAACAGUGUCACGGCCCUUCGGGGGGAGUCGACUGUGAGAUCUGUGUCUCCGAAAAGUGCAACACUCUAGGAUCUGCGAGAUCCGGUUGUCUCCAGUGUGCGGAAAGUGGGGAUGAGCACUGUGUGGAUGCCCCUCAGCUUCUAGUAUCUCAAAGAUGUCCCAUCGCGCGGACAGGUAGAAGUUUUUGCUUUACGAAAUUGGUGGAAGAGCGCCUGGAACGGGGCUGUUCUUUGAGCCUUUCGGAUCAGCUGGAUUGCCUGGCCAAUAGCAACUGCCAGCUGUGCGAUCCUCUCGAGCGACCCCAUUGCAACGAUGAGAUAAUCGACUUCAAUGCAGCUCCCGAGCCUACAACAGAAUCUACUUCCACAUCAACCUCAACAACGAGUACACCAACACAAUCCACAGCAACACCAAGCACCGCUUCACCACAAACAACACCAAGCACCGCAUCACCACAACCAACAACAGCUUCUCCACAACCCACAGCACCGCCAACUACAGCCGAACCCAACUCUGCUCUCAGCCUGCACUCCGCUGCCUCCUCCAUUCCGCUGAUCAUAGUCCCAUUGGCUGUAUUUGUUUACACCCUUCAUAAAUAAUCCCAAAAUUCGAUUAUGCCUUUAGCUUUAAUUCCCACGGCCUUCUCCCGAACCUAAUCUAUGUAUUGUUAAACUAAUUUUUAUGGUAUCCAAUAAAUUCUGUCCGCGCUCAAAUACAA